UUGCAGUUGAGUGGGCAGCAGCAGCAUUGAAGCAUUUUGUAGAUCAGAUAAUGUCUGCAGUGAACCAACCGACCGACGGCCCUCAUUAGACGAUCGGACGCUUUUAAUGGCUCUGUGACAGCUUGUAUCACCAGUGGGAAACUGGCGUGUCUGUCAACACAAAAGAAAUGUCAAAACGUACUGAGUGCGCACUCCUGUGGACAGAUCUCCUUAUGGGUACUACUAGCUGGUGAACCCAUUCCAUGAGCACUUAUCACAGCUACAUUUCCUAAAUGGGUUUUUUUACGAUGUCAGACAGUAAUUGUACAACAAACCAUGAUAUCCAUCAGUAUUUAUCACCUGUGGUGUACAUCCUAGUGCUUCUACUAGGGUUGCCCACAAGUAUUUACUCCCUGCACCAUGCGUGGCAGCAGGUGAGAGUCAGAAAUGAACUUGGAAUCUACCUGCUGAACUUGACGCUGUCGGAUAUCCUCAACCUGUGUUCCUUACCUUUCUGGUUGCACUAUUUUUUUCAUCAUGAUAACUGGCUUCUUGGGGAGUGGUGGUGUAAGAUAUGUGGAUUGUUUCUCUAUGAGAACAUCUAUAUCACCAUUGGCUUUCUUUGUUGCAUCUCAGUUGACCGUUACCUGGCUGUGGUUUAUCCUUUUCGCUUCCAGAGGUUUCGAAGUAUGAAAGCAUCUGUCAUCGUCAGUGCUUGUAUUUGGAUCAAGGAGACUGGGGUUUGUACUGUCCUCAUUCUACAAAAAGAAGUCACUAUCGACAGUGAAAACCACAAGAUUUGCUUUGAGCAUUACCCCAUGACAGACAUGGAGCGGCCAGUGAACUAUUACCGGUUUUUUGUUGGAUUCCUUUUCCCCUUGGUGAUUAUUACUUUUUCUUACAUUCGUAUUCUUAAAGCUGUCAAGAAAAGCACAGGAACUCAGCAUGCACAGAAACUCAGAAUCAAGUACUUGGUGUCCAGCACAAUAGCCAUUUUUCUGCUCUGUUUCUCGCCCUACCACAUCUUUCUUUUAAUUCGGACGGUUUUUGAAAAGAAAGACUGUGUGUUAAUCAGGACUAUUUUUAAUUACUAUCAUUUCUCUUUGCUGCUGACUAGUCUCAACUGCCUUGCAGAUCCUGUGUUGUAUUGUUUUGUUAGUGAAAGCAUUCAGAAGGAGAUGCUGAGGGCAAAGAGUCAAUGUGGACAGCUGAGUUGCUGCUGUAAAAAAUCAAAAACUGCAGAAACGACUGAAAAUAACACACCCGAUAUUAAUGGAAGUACAGUCCUGACUGCCUUUCAGAGGGGGACUGAGCUGGGCUGACGAUUCAUGUGUGUUCUUAAGGCAGACAUGUGCAAGUUUAGUCUGCUUAAGGGUGUGUUGUCUAUUUAAGAAAGAUGGCAAGACAAGUCAAGGUAAAUGUGAAUUUCCCCUUGGGAUUAAUAAAGUAUCUAUCUAUCUAUCUAUCUAUCUAUCUAUCUAUCUAUCUAUCUAUCUAUCUAUCUAUCUAUCUAUCUAUCUAUCUAUCUAUCUAUCUAUCUAGUUAGAGAAGUAGCUGCCUUCUAUUGGUCACUAUUGAGUUUUGAUGUGAAAAUGACCAAGCGAUCUGCCACUUUCCACAGAGUAUCUCAGAUUUUAAAAUUGUAAAUGAUUGAUGUUUCCUGUAAAAGUUCUGUGUGAAUGACAGCCAUGGAAUGGGUUCUCAAAGAUAAAAAGUCAAUAUAUACGAUGUAAAGGAGUCCAUGGAGCCAUAUGGUGAGUUAGGAGUUAUCUUGCUGCACUUAUUCAGUACCAAUUUAGGACGAUGACAGCCAAAGCCUACCUCCGCACAAGUGUGUGUAUAUGGCAGAAUGCAGUUUUCAAGGAAUGACCUUUCAUUGAGGUGCAAAAUAACCCAGCAGCUUUGUGAGCUUAAACCAGCGUUUGGCAGGAAUUGGAGAUCUGGGAGGCUGAACUGUCUUGCAGGUUGGAGACACCGCGUGUUCAUGAUAGGUUUACAGGACACAGUGUGGCCAGUGAGUGGUGCUGACGGCCUCUGGUCCUCUUGUCAUCUCUGCACAGUUUUUGCACCUUCUGUAAAUACUCCAUGACAAAGACAUGCUGGUUAGGUUGACUGACCUCGUGAGAAUAUCUAGGGUUACUUGCUGAGUUGUGCGCAUUAUUCCCUGGAUCCAGCUCCAGCUCCUCGCAGGCUUGGAAUAAAAUGGUUGAGAAAAAGGGUAAAUAGGUAGGUUUAUGCCCUGUAUCAGUUUUGACCAGGGCUAGUGUUUAUUAUUUGUACGAGGGGGAGUCAAGCUAAACUUAGAAACUGGGAUUUAUUAGAAA